UUGCAAAAAAGGAAAUUUAAGAUGGUCUUCCUACAUUUGGAAUGCAAUCUCUAAAUAUACUUUGAUUGCUUCAAAAUAAGAAAAGAACAGCGCAGUAUAGCAUCUUUGAAUAACUUCUCAAUGAAACGUUGUUUAGUAUCUGCCUCUGUAUCUCUUGGUUAGCCAAAGACAAAGACAAUUAUUUCCAAGUUUAGACUGCCUUUAAAGUUUCUUUCUGAAUUCUUUAUUUUUAAAGAAGCAUGCUUGUUUUCUUUAAAAGACAUCCCCAGACGAACAGAAAGUAGUUUUAUAUAUUAAGAAGUUUUGCUUGGACAAAUAGAAGAACCUUUAAAGGUUGGAAAAGAGAAAAUAACAGGCAGAAUUCUGAAAGGAAACCAAUGCUAAAGAUGCAAAUGUAAGCUCCUUAAGCAAUAUAGAAGAGCAUUUGUGGGGAAAACCAAGAUCACACGCAUUCCUCAAAGAGAAUUCUUCAGGUUAAAGGAGUCCUUGUUUGUUGCUAAGAGUUAAGCUUUACCAAAAUCACAUCGGAAAAUUUUGUGACACAUUCUGGUAUAACCAAACUAUAGGUACACUAUUGUACGUACAAAUGUACAACUCUGUAGUCUAAUAUAACAAUAUCAAUGUUUAUAGUUAUUGACGGGUCAAGAUCCACGCGGUUUCCUGGCAACAGGAAAAACCGGUUACCCGAGAAACUAGUGUAUACACGUCCGAAGGGGGGAGGGAGAGAGAAGGAAAGCAAUAAAAUAUAUACGAGAUAACUCGCAACUAAGUUGUAGCGAACUCUAUAUAAAAAUGGUCUAACGAAUACAAUUGCUUUAGCUUCAGAGACAUAAAUGGAUCCAAUCUUAAUGAAACGUAAACUGACGUAUAAAGCAUGAUUAGUUCCGCUAGCUGAAAAAAUCCAGCCGCAUGCACACGCUACGAUAGUCACCGACCUCAGUGCAUGGUAUCGAUAUACAAGGGAGCCCACAGACCAUUCCACUGACCGACCUUUCGCCUUAACAUGCAUCGAGAUCUAAAUCGGCUAAAAACUAAGUCGAAAAACACACUUUGUGCUUCCCGGCUCAGCUAUAUUGAUAAUUGGCAUAGGAAUUAACUUAGAUCUUCGCUGUGUUGAUAAAGUGCACCGAAAUAUUGCCACGGGCAAAAGGAUGGAUGAAAACCUAUAAAUACAUCAUUUAUUUCGAAUACAAUAGAAAAAAUUGAAGAUAUUUGAAUAUUUUUAAGGUGGGGUAAAAGCCUAACCCUUCUCAUAAUAUAGCGUGACAAGUACCCUCAGAAUGGAAGAUAAAAUCCAAUUCUUCUUAAGGUAUAACGGAUAUUGGACUGCGCUUAGCAUAUCAGUUUGUUCCAAAGCUUGAAUCACGAAACAAAAGACGACCUCGGCAAAGCUCGUUGUCGUUUUUUACUUUGUAUUUGGCCGAACAGUUCGGGUGAAAACAGUCGAUUGCUUAGGAUAUAAAUAAACAGAAAAGUCAACUGUGGACGCAAGCUAGAUUUACAAAGCUGUCACGGUGACAUUUUGAGGGACAUUUUUAAUAAGACAUCGAGUACAGACGCGAAGUAAAGGUCGGGUUCGUCUUUUCUUUGUGACGAUCUCAUGGCGAUGGAAAUUCAAUGAGGUGGUUUAAACUGAAGUGUCUUUAUAAUGAAUUGACUUCCGUAAUUUGUGGCAAACAUAAGAAUUAAAAAGCAGCGUAUGUAUAGGGUCAUGAACAGCCCGGAGGUUCGCUUGGUUUUAAAGGGUAGUCACAUAUAGCGUGUAAAGAGAAACAUUAUUCUGGAUAAAAAAAUUGGGCUACAUCGAAAGACUACUUUAAGUUGCAUUAGAGCAGCUGCGAAAUCUUGGCUCCUUUGGUAAUAGGCCAAUGAGAUAAUUUCGUUCUUUAAAAUCAACAAUUAUCAAAAGCUUCAAGAAGCCCAGCUGCUUUUGCGAGAAGAAAAUAUCAUAUAAUUAUACGGUGGUAGAGCAGCUAGAUAUCGUAUGGCCGUAUGGGGUCACUCAGCUUCAACGAAUCGACAGAGGAUUGCGAGUUUCCUAUAAAUAUUGCCUACCCUACAAUCGUGGUGAAUAUCAUAGGAAGUUUACUUGGCACUUUCGCGAAUAUCUUGGUGUGGUUUGCCGUGUUGAAAAACACUCAACUUCAAACACUCUCGAAUUAUUUUCUCCUGAACCUCAGCGCCGCGGAUUUGCUGGUCACGGCGGUAACCCAACCGUUGUUCGUGGCACACAACAUCCUCGCCGCACGACGCGAGUGUUUGGACACCGUCGACAAUGCUUACAGCGCGAUCGCGAGUUUCGCGUGCAUGGCUUCGAUACUGAACGUGACCACAAUCUCGAUAGAUCGACUCAUAGUGCUCAAAUACCCUCUGCAGAAGAAGGCGAUUUUGACAAAGCGCCGUGGUUUUGCGGUCAUGGCUUUGACUUGGGUUCUCGCCACGUUAUACGCGGCCUUAUCCUGCGUAUUGGAAGAAAGGAAAACUUGGAUAUCUUUAACGUUCGGCUACUUUGCCGUUUGCUACUCAAUCAUGAUAUCCGCUCAUACACACAUGUAUGUCGUGAGUCACCGCUUCGUGCGUCGGCGAAAACAGCAAGUGAGACGGUACAGUUUUUCCGCAAUCGCUUACAGCAAAGAACGGCAAGCCGCUAAAACUAUUGCGAUUAUCUUGGCCGUUUUGACGCUGACUUGGUUGCCCUAUGGCUCUGCUCUCGCUGUGUCCGCGGUGACUGGAAUGCGACUGAAACAACGCUUCGUGAACCCGCUUUUGACGGUCGGUUUUCUGAACAGCUGCUUCAAUACGGUGUUGUACAGUUGGCGAAACAAGGAAAUAAGAAUGACUUUUAGGCAGUUACUGAAAUGCCAAGACCCAAACUUGAUCAGGCGGGAAAGCGUGUCAUCUUUUUAUAUACGAAGAUCGCGAUUAAGCACAACCUCAAGCAUGUUUAAUGAUAUAAACGGUCAAAUUUUUGACACAAAAGAACCCAGAGAUGACAUGAACCAACCUAGUUUCGUAGUAGGUAGACAAUAUUCUUUAUAAAUUUCGCCGGCUUUUCCAGAACCUUUCUCAAUGGGUAAGACUACAGGGCCCGGUUGUUCAAAAAGCGUUUAGCUUAAACGGUGGUACAUAUUGAAUGCAUAAGAUGCAGGUUAAGUCAUUGACAAGACCUAUGAAAGUAUUUUUAAACUUUGAUUUAUCCACCGACGGUUUAAGCUAAACGCCUUUCGAACAACCGGCCCCUGACCUUUCUCGACAAUCUAUGAGGUUGAUCGACUUAAUUAGCCGUAAAAGUCCCGCAGGUCUGACUGAGUAUGACUGCUUUGCAAUAUUGUGGUUUUGAAACCUUCGUAAGUGCUACAUAAUAGACCAUUUCGGUAAUAAAAGUCUUAAUACGUGCUGACUGUUGCUACUAAUACUAACUUAACCAGUCAAAUACUUAAACAUUGUACGAUUUAGAGGACUAUUACACUUUCAGCUCUCCUAAAUUUCGGGUGGCCAUUGGCAUUGCAGUAAAGCGAGUCUGACUUAGUGCUGCAACUAAUGUUUAGUGCAUGUUUUACCGCUAUGCAUGCAAUGUUUUAUUCAUUGUUUCAUUUUCAGUUUCACCAAACAGACAACUGACUUUAUAUAUUUAUAGCUAGAAAUCACGGGAACAACUGAGUAUCUUAAUAUACCAAACAGAACACUAUCGAAACUUUUUAAAAAGUAA